AUGAAAUAUGGCGUCAGUGUUCCUCUCGGAGAGGGGCCACGGGCGGAGCUCUUUGCCCAGGAACACAGUCGCCCCAGCCUGAUGGAGAUGAAGGGCGACCUCCAAAAAGGGGACCUCAAAUGCGUAGACAGCAAGCAUAUUCUUCAGCAGGCCGCGCAGCAGCACAAGGACACGACCGCGUCGGCGCAGCGCGCGCUGCGCGCCAUGGAGCAGGCCUCGGACCUGGCGGCCUCGACCGCGGCGGCGCUGCGAGACCAGGGGUACCAAAUGGAGCGGAUCACAGCCGGGAUGGACAAAAUCGGCGCUGACGUCACCUACUCCCAGCGCGCCCUCGCCUUCAUGCGGCGCUCAUGCUGCGCCUCCUUCUGCUGCGCGCGCUUCACGGAGCCGGAGCGGCGCACGGACGACUUCCACUGGCGGCGCGGGGCGGCCACAACCACCGGUGGCGCCGCGGCGGCGGCGGCUGCGCAGCCCUGCAGCAAGGAGCGUGGCGCUAACCCUGGCCGCACGCCGCCUGCGGUCCACGCACCGUCGGCUGCGGCUUGCGGGGAUGGACAGGGCCCGGCCAGCAGCAGCUGCCCGACGGUCGACGUCUCAGGGCUGGCCAAGGCUGGCUUUGCUGAGGAGGCAGGUGCCAUUGAUGCGGAGACGGUGGCGCAGGAUCAGAUCUUAGAUCAGAUCUCGCGGGGGCUGCACCAGAUCAGGCGGGGGGCGCUGGUUAUGAAGGACGAGAUGGCGCGGCAGGAGGGCGAGGUGCGGCGCCUGCAAUCUGACGCGAGCGCGCUGCACGCCAAGAUCAGAUCAGUCAACGACACAGGCUUCAAGGUCUGA